AUGGAUGGGGGGCAGUGGACGCCAGCAAGCAGAUCACGCUACAAUUUGAGAGACACAGUUGCCCGUUGCACGACUCAAGUUUAUCCCAAGUCAUGGACUGCAAUCUACAUUGCACUGGACAAUGUGGGAAUGUGGAACAUUAGGUCCGAGAACUGGGCAAGGCAAUACUUGGGCCAACAAUUCUAUCUGAGGGUAUACUCCCCUGCAAAUUCAUGGAGAGAUGAAUAUCCUAUCCCAAAGAAUGCUCUUCUUUGUAAGACAUACAGGUUCAGGAUAUCAAAUGUGGGGCUUGCGACAUCCAUUAACUUUAGAAUACAAGGGCACACAAUGAAAUUAGUAGAGGUAGAAGGAUCGCAUACACUCCAGAAUGCUUACUCUUCCCUCGACAUCCAUUUGGGUCAAUCCCUUUCUGUCUUGAUCACUGCUGAUCAGCCUCCAAAGGAUUACUACAUUGUCGUUUCUUCGCGCUUCACCUCUCGAAUACUCACAACCACAGCCAUUCUCCACUACAGUAACUCAUUUACCCGUGUUUUUGGUCCUCCUCCUGGAGGGCCUACCACUCAGAUUGAUUGGUCCCUCAACCAGGCCAGAUCUAUAAGGUGGAAUCUCACUGCAAGUGGACCGCGUCCAAACCCACAAGGCUCAUACCAUUAUGGAAUGAUACAAACUUCCCGGACCAUCAUGCUUGCAAACUCUGCACCUUUUAUCAAUGGCAAGCAGAGGUAUGCUGUGAAUGGUGUCUCAUUCUUCCGUCCUGACACUCCGUUGAAACUCGCUGACUACUUCAAUAUUGGGGGAGUCUUCAAUCUGGGAAGCAUCCCUGACAGCCCCAACUGGGGAAACGGCUACCUUGCCACGUCUGUCAUGGCUGCUAAUUUCCGUGCUUUUGUUGAGAUUGUGUUCCAAAACUGGGAGGACACCGUACAGUCUUGGCACAUUGAUGGCUAUUCCUUCUUUGUUGUUGGGAUGGAUGGGGGGCCUAUCGUCGCAUCCUCCAAAGCCACUGCCACCGUGCUUUUCCUCGCCGCCGUGAGAUCUCGCCGGAAAGCUUCAACAAGUUCUCUCUCUCUCUCCACUCUCACCAAUAAGGUGAUUGCCAGCGAUUCUGACCAUGAGUGA